UUCGACGAUCGCCGACUGUGCUCGCCGAAGUCGUUGUACAUUUAGUGUAGCCUGUUUUUCUGGGCGCGGGUUCGCCCAAUAAAACGCUAGUUUAGUGAUUCCCAGUUUUGCUACUGUGUUCUUCAUCUUCGCUACAACAUGACAAUGCAAAGUGCACUGUGCCUCCGAAACAUGCUGCUGCUCCUAAUGCUGCUUCUCGCUGUCAACCCGGUUUGCCUUGAAGGGAAACCAGUGAAUGAAGAAAGGACCGACAACGACUCGUCGACGGCGCUCAACUUCACGAGCAGCCGGCGAGAGAUUGGUGUUCUCGGAGUUCCCAUACAUCAAGGUCAGCGCAACCCGGGCGUCGAAAAGGGUCCACAGUUCCUGCGCGACGCUGGACUCCUCAACAAGCUCAGAAAUCUCGGUCACAAAGUCGAGGACCUCGGCGAUGUCCGCGUCGAAGGCGAGCCCAACGUCACCGAUUACGGCGCGAUCGAAUCGGACGUCGUGGGACAGACCAACAAGAACGUACGCGACGCAGUGGCGAAGGUGCUUCGCUCGGGUCGGCUCUCGCUGAACCUGGGCGGUGACCACACCUUGUCCAUCGGCAGCGUCAGCGGACACGCGCAGUCCACGGACUCGGAGGUGGCGCUCAUCUGGAUAGACGCGCACGGCGACAUCAACACACCCAACUCUUCAAAGUCAGGCAAUAUUCAUGGCAUGCCGCUCUCCUUUCUCGUGCACGAGAUGGCACCGUACGUCGUCAAACCCAAAGGACUUGAAUGGGUGCAGCCCUGCGUCCGAAAGGACAGCCUGGCCUACAUUGGUUUGAGGGACGUUGACCCUUACGAGCGGUACUUCAUGGACCACCUUGGCAUAAGGACGUACGACAUGGGCGACGUUGACCGGCUCGGUAUUCAGGGCGUCGUGCAGAGAAUACUGCGGGAGAUAAACCCGACGGGAGACAAGUCUUUGCACAUCAGCUACGACAUCGACGUCAUCGACAAGUUAAUUGCACCGAGCACGGGGACACCAGUCUUAGGAGGACUCACUCUUCGGGAAGCCUUAGUCAUCGCGGAAGAAGUAAGCAAGUCUGGUCAACUCAGGGUGCUUGACCUUGCCGAGGUGAACCCGCUGCUGGGUGACGAGCAAGACGCCAGCAACACCGUCGACUGCGGGGUGAAGCUCGUCGACGCGUUUUUCGGCAGCCCUCGUGGCGGACACCUGCCUCUCGACCUUGACGCGAACAUCGUCGACCCGAACUGCGAGUCCUGCGCCAGUGAAACUGGUGCGACCGCGUGAUGUCACCGCCCACGUAUGCGGCGAUAAGGAUCAGCACAAUUAGGAGGAAUCACGUCCGGUUAGGCGGCGAACAGAAA